AUGACAUCAACCAAAACUAGUACCGCUCGCAAGAAAUCUGCCAGGAACCUAGAGGAGUUUUGGGAAAUUCUGUCCAUCUUCUGGACAUCAGAGAAAACGGAUUCCUGGAAGGCCGAAAUACUAGGACCUCAAGGAACUGAGCAUUGCGCCAAUCUCAUGUGCUUCAGUAACAUCGCCCACAAAUUGUGGGAAAAGGCUCGUUUUGCUCUAUGUCCACGUCAGCUAAGCGAUGACCUAACAACACUGACCGUGAAAUUCCUUUGGCUGCCUACAAUGGAUUAUCUGAAAAGCCAGUCAAUCACCCGGGCUCCAUCUCCUAUUGCCCCCGAUCUUAUCUCGAGCACCAAGGACGGUAUACCUUUUGCUAAGUUAUUCAAGCUAGCAACCGAGGAAAAGAUUCCGUCUGGGGAUAUCCUCACUUUCCAUACGACUGAUCCGGUCAAACUUCCUCUGCCAUCGGUCAAAUUACUCCAGCUCCAGUGGACUUUACAUCGUGUUCUUGCCAUGAGUGGGGCGGCCGACGCUUCGGAUGAGGAUCUUGACCCAGAUUUCCACAGACCGGCGGGUGCCGGCCUGUGUUGGAGAAACGAAGUCGAAGAAGAGGACGAUGUAGAAGAGGAGGGUGAAGAAGAAGAAUAA